AUGCAAGACGGCAACCCCAACGGCCCAUCACCCCAAGAUGACCAAGUAACAACUGAGCCUGAUUCCGCGCCGGUAAACGGCUCGAAUGAAGAAGAUACGUCGAACACUCUUCCUAGCGAGCCGAUUCCUGCCGACCCGAAAAUCGUCGAAGCAGUCCAUCAAACCGACGAACCUCCAUCCAAGAAGCGAAGACUCACGGAAUCCUCAUCGCAACGAUCCACUCCUCGACCGCCGUCGCCGCCCUGGAAGAAAGCUGGCUUCGAGGGCCCCACCUCAUUCCUCUCUGAAGGGAAGCGCAGGUCUUCGCGAACCAAUGCCGUCCCCAUCGACUUACAAUCACCAUCAGACAAAAGAAGCACGCGUGGCGCGCAAAAUAAGAGCAUCACCAAAUCCACGCGCGAUGGAAGCAAGCCGGUCACCUCCUCGCCGUUAUCGGUGACGCAGUCACGCGCCGACGUCAACGGUAAGCUAGGUGGAAAAUCGACAGCCAAUGGAUCUCCUCGCGCGGCGCCAUCCCGUGCCGCGACUAGCAAGGCACAGCGCGUCUCGCAGACACCAGCUUCCAAACCAACUGAUUCGCGCGCGAGAGCUCGUAGCUCCACUACACUUCCUCGCCCUUCCGCCAACGGCAAUGGCACCACCUCCCGUCCGCUCCGCGAUCGCCAAUCCCUCUCGAACCCGAAAAAAGACGUCAAUGGGGAUACAGAUGAUGCCGACAUGGAUGGCGAGAACCCCGAUCAAGGUUCACUCAAAGUUCCAAGGUUGCGUCUCAAGAUCAAAAAACCGGUUCUCCCCAUUCGACACCCCGGCCACAUCCCGCUUAAGAAACACGCAUCUUUCAGAGAAUGGGUAUACCAAGAUGAUCCCACAAGCAUAAUGUCGGAGGCGGACGCUGAAGCAGAGGCACACAAACGACAACAGGUCAUGGCUGCAGCGGAGCCUGGGGGUCCUCUAAGCUCGGAUGUCUGCUCAGCAUAUAUUACUGACCAGCAAGAAGAGCCUCCCCCACAAUACUCGCACCAAGACCAUCUUGUUGCCCAUGCGCUCUACUUCCAAAAACUCCUCGAUAAGGAACAUAAGCGACAUCGACAAACGGCCAAGCUGUUCGCACAAUGGUGCGCCGACGCGUAUCGCAAACGUCACAAAGAUCCUGAAGACAUUCUUCGGGAGCAACAGGAAGAAUUGCGGGGGAAGCGCAAGCAGCUAUCCAAGGACCUUCAGAAGAUGUUCGACCUGGCCCGUGCGGAGAUUGACCGUAGUCGUCUAGCCCGGUGGGAAGAACAACGGAAGGUGGAAGAUCAGAAAGCCCUGGAUCGUGCGAUCACACAGUCUACAAUGCUCUUUGAGAAACGCCGAGCUGAAAUCCUUGGCGAAGUGCCCAGUGACGCGCAAGCGACGAGUGACGACGAGCAAGAUUCUGGCUCUGAGUCGGGCUCAGACGAGGAAGAUGAGAGCAACAUGUCGGACUCAGAAUCCGGCACCGAUGAUGAGACCAAUGUUGAUGACGACGCUAAGCUGACCGAAGAAGAGCUGCGUUUGAAAUACGCCAAUCUGCCCACUGAAGACUACACCGACAGCAUGUCGGUAGUAUCAGGAACUACUGCGAUGACCAAUCCCGACGAACCCAUGGAUUCCGAAGCCGCGCUUGAUGUGGAUUCACAUGCUACGCCUGACGAUAAUCAACUCGAUGACGUGGACUCAGUCUUGAUGGAUGAUAGCGAUGCAUCUACAGACAUGGACGAUGAUAUGGGCGAUAGCGAGGAAGAGGAGGAAGGGUCCAGCGAGGAGGAAGAGUCAGAUGACGAAGGCGAAGACAGAGGUGGUCUCAUGGGUUUCUUCUCCAAGAAGGAUCUGUCAAUACCAAACGGCACAGAAGGAGGCGAGGAUACCCAGGCCGAGCCUGAACAUGAUGACGAUGAGGUCGACUUCGAAGACCCGGAUGAAGUCUCCCUUGUUCCAAUCGGCCCAAGUGCCAGCGGGGGCACCUCGACAGAGGGCACACCUUUAGAGAUUGCCGAUAACUCGGAGACCUCCCCUGCCACAGGAGGAGAUACGUCGGCCGCCGAAACACCUGCUGCUGAUACUCCUAUGGAGGAUGACCCAAUGAAAUUACAACUGGCGGAUGACGAUUCUGAUGAACCAAAACAACCCGCAGAUGAAGCCCAGCCGAUGGAACUAGACCAUAUCAAUGAAGUCCAGCCAACUGCUGGAGGAGUAUCGAGCGAACCAUCACCAGGGACUGUUGCGACUAAGCCAUCCGAACCGGAAUCGGUUUCUUCACUGGAGCCUGCCAUCGAAAAAGCAUUGCAGACAAGCCACUCGCCUGCGCCUGGUCUGCAAACGCCAGUCCCCCACCUGCUUCGUGGUACGCUACGUGAAUACCAGCACUAUGGAUUGGACUGGCUUGCGGGUCUUUACAAUAAUCACAUCAACGGCAUCUUGGCAGAUGAAAUGGGUCUUGGUAAAACCAUCCAAACAAUCGCCCUUCUUGCCCAUCUUGCUGUUGACCAUGGUAUCUGGGGUCCCCACCUGGUAGUCGUGCCUACCAGUGUCAUGCUGAAUUGGGAGAUGGAGUUCAAGAAAUGGUGCCCAGGUUUCAAGAUCAUGACGUACUAUGGCAACCAAGAAGAGCGCAAACAGAAACGUCGAGGUUGGACGGACGAUAAUGCAUGGAACGUGCUGAUCACGUCCUAUCAACUCGUGCUCCAGGAUCAGCAGUCUCUCAAACGCAGAAACUGGCAGUAUAUGAUUCUCGAUGAAGCGCACAACAUCAAGAACUUCCGCUCUCAGAGAUGGCAGGCACUGCUCACCUUCAAGUCUCGUGCUCGACUUCUUCUCACGGGUACCCCUCUACAAAAUAAUCUCACAGAGCUGUGGUCUCUACUCUUCUUCCUGAUGCCCUCCGACGGCCAAAGUGGCGGAGUUGAAGGUUUCGCCGAUCUCAAGGAUUUCUCUGAAUGGUUCCGGCGUCCCGUGGAGCAAAUUCUGGAGCAUGGCAGAGACACGAUGGAUGAGGAGGCCAAGGGUGUGAUCACCAAACUCCAUACUGUACUCCGCCCUUAUCUUUUGCGUCGCCUCAAGGCCGACGUAGAAAAGCAAAUGCCUGGAAAGUAUGAACAUGUGGUCUACUGCAGGCUUUCAAAGCGGCAAAGAUUCCUCUACGAUGGGUUUAUGUCAAUGGCCCAGACUAAAGAGACGCUCGCCUCCGGAAAUUUCCUCUCCAUCAUUCACUGUCUCAUGCAACUCCGAAAGGUGUGCAAUCAUCCGGACCUUUUCGAAACCCGCCCAAUUUCCACCUCCUUUGCGAUGCCGCGCUCCGUUCCUAUGGAUUUCAAAGUCAAGGAAUCUCUUGUUCGCCGCAGAUUGCUCUUCGAGCACCCUCUUACCAAGAUUGAUUUGGACUUCCUCAACCUUGCACCGGUGUCGCGGGAAGACAUUUCACGCCGACUGGCAGAUGACAGCAUCAGGCUCAUGGCGAUCGCGCCGUUCAAGAAACUUCGCGAACGCCAGUACAACCGAACUAAUUGGGAGAUGGGCUUUGACGGAUCCAACAUGACAACCAUUCUAGAAUCCCUGGAGAACGCCUGCCGAAAGAGACGCAUGGCAGAGCUUGAGCGUUGCCUUUACUUUGAAACCAAGCGCCAUGGCCGUCGCCCUAUCUACGGAAGUAGUCUGAUCGAGUUCAUCCGGGCUGGAACCAAGGAGCACGCACUUUCCAAUGCACCCUUGCGGAAGCGCUCAAUGGCCGACUGGCUGUCGAGUCGGUCUGCGGUCCUUGCAUCAAUGAUCCUGACGAUCGAGGAGCGAGGUCUCGAGAUGGACGGCUAUGUCCAGAGAUUCGCUUGCGUUACACCCUCUGUCAUUGCGGCAGGAAUGAACGAAGCCGCCUUGACCCCCGUUGAAACGCGACUCUUGACCAAUACUCGUCGCGACCAGCCCUACGACCCCUUCCACCAAGCACGCAUGCGUCUCUCCAUCGCCUUCCCGGAUAAGCGUCUGCUUCAAUACGACUGCGGCAAACUCCAGCGCCUGGAUAAGCUGCUACGUGAUCUCAAAGCCGGCGGCCAUCGGGCGCUGAUCUUCACUCAGAUGACCAAGAUGCUUGAUAUCCUAGAGCAGUUCCUCAAUAUCCACGGCCAUCGCUACCUCCGCCUCGACGGCACCACCAAGGUCGAGUCGCGCCAGAUGCUCACCGAGCGGUUCAACAGCGACCCGCGCAUCCUAGCAUUUAUCCUAUCAAGUCGAUCCGGUGGUCUCGGAAUCAACCUUACGGGUGCCGACACGGUCAUCUUCUACGAUUUGGAUUGGAACCCAGCCAUGGACAAGCAGUGUCAAGAUCGCUGUCAUCGUAUCGGACAGACUCGCGACGUGCACAUCUACCGGUUCGUCUCAGAGUACACGAUCGAGUCCAACAUCCUGCGCAAAGCCAACCAGAAGCGCAUGUUGGAUGACGUCAUCAUCCAAGAGGGUGAAUUCACGACGGACUACUUCACCAAAUUGAAGGCGGAAGAGAUGGUCGAACCCGACGAGCGCGACGGACAGGACGAAGCCAGUGCGGCGAUGGACCGUGUACUCGGCAAUCGGGUCGGGGGUGGUACCCGAGUGUUCGAAGCAGCCGAGGACAAGGAGGAUCUGGACGCGGCGAAGAACGCAGAGAAAGAGCAAGAACAUGCGGACGAUGGGGAUUUCGAGGAAAAUGCAGCGACGGCCGUUGGAGCCGACGGAAAUCCCGAAACAAGUCCGGCGCACGUGGGCGAUCAGCCUGGUCACAUCGACGACUAUUUGAUGCGAUUCAUGGAGUGGAACAUGAAGGAUGAACCCCUGGUUUUGCCCCCGGACAAAAGCAAGAAGAAAUCCAAAAAGGGCAAAGAGCAUCAAAUGAAGAGGCGGCGAUAG